AUGGGAAACAGCAGCAGCAGCAGCACCAGGAGUGCCAAUAGUACAGACUGCAGACUGGCCUUUGCUGGAGUGGUCUGCCAGCUGCUCUUCAUGGUCCUCUUGAUCGUUGCCAUCACGCUUGGAAAUCUGGUGAGUCUCCUGGUUUUCUUCUGUAUAAAGCAAUUCCGGACACCCCAAAGCUACCUAAAAGUCUCUUUGGCCCUUGCUGAUUUGGCUGUGGGGCUUAUUGUAGUACCUUACUCAGUUUAUCAGGAGAUGAACACGUUGGCCUAUGAGACGGAGCAAGAACGGAGUCCAACUGGCUGGUCAGUCUGUUUGAUCACUGGCCCUAUCUUUGCAGGGUGCACUUUUGUCUCAAUCAGCACCAUAUUUCUGCUUUCGGUGGAGAGGACCAUCACUGUGCUGAGGCCCUUGCACAGGAAAGCUGUGAUUACCAAGCGCAGGAUCACUUGGCUCAUUCUUGGAUCUUGGAUACUGAGCUUCUCCUUGGCGGUGAUACCUCUGCUCUCAAUUCCAAAUAUCACCUUUGAAUACAAUUCCUGCAGUAAGAUGUGUAUCUAUGGCUUUUCACCAGGCAAGUUGCCAGAGUCCAAUUGGAACGUCAUGCUCCUGUACCCAAUAUUUGACUUCACCCUCUUAGGUGGCACUUUUGUUGUCAACACCAUCACCUUUGCCACCCUCCGGCAGUACCACAAAAUGAGGAAGCAACUGAGGGAAGAGCCACAGGGAACCCACAGGCUCUCUUACUCAGAUGUCACUGCUGCCAGGACCAUUGGCAUCCUGACCUUUGCAUUCUCUGUGUCUUUUGCUCCCGUUGCUGUAUUUGUUGUGGGCACUGUGGUAGGCUAUGAAUGGUGCCAAUUCUCCUUCUAUGCUUUCUGGAUCCUUGCUUCCAACAGUUGUUGGAAUGUGGCUAUCUACAGUGUUUGGGACCCCAAGUUCCGGCAGGGGCUGCGGGAAAUAUUCUGCAAGCAAAUGCUGAAAGCUGAUUUCCAGCAUCAUUCCAGUCACUCACUGGAGGGGCACCGUUCUUCCCCUGCUUGUGUGAUAGUCCUCAAGGAGAUGCUCCGUCCAGAGACCAGCUAGUGGCAGAAUUGGUACUUGCUGUUUUUAAAGAGAUGACUGCUUCAGAGCAGGUCUGGGU